AGCAGGCCCGCGCGGAGCGCACAGCCACCGCCUCCUCGCCUCUCCAAACUCCCGGCCAGGGCGCGCGGUGGCGUCCUCGCGCUCUCGCUCGCGCCCCCGCCCGUCGCCCGCGCAAGCCAGGCAUGAAUGCUGAGACUUGCGUCUCUUACAGCGAGUCGCCGGCUGCUGCCAUGGACGCCUACUACAGCCCGGUGUCGCAGAGUCGGGAGGGCUCGUCGCCUUUUAGGGCAUACGCCGGCGGCGAUAAGUUCGGCACGACUUUCCUAUCCGCCGCCACCAAAGGGCAGGGAUUCGGGGACGCCAAGAGCCGGGCCCGCUACGGCGCAGGGCAACAGGACCUGGCGGCACCUCUGGAGAGCGGCGCCGGAGCGCGGGGCUCCUUUAACAAGUUCCAGCCCCAGCCCCAGCCACCGGCCCCGCAGCCGCCGCAGCCGCAGUCACAGCCGCAGCCGCCGGCGCCGCAACAGCAUCUCUACUUGCAGCGAGGCGCCUGCAAGACGCCCCCGGACGGCAGCCUCAAACUCCAGGAAGGCAGCGGCAGCCACAACGCGGCCUUGCAGGUCCCCUGCUACGCCAAAGAGAGCUCCCUGAGUGAGCCAGAGUUACCGCCUGACUCUGACACCGUGGGGAUGGACAGCAGCUACCUCAGUGUGAAGGAGGCUGGGGUGAAGGGGCCCCAGGACCGGACCAGCGCCGACCUGCCCAGCCCACUGGAGAAGGCCGACUCGGAGAGCAACAAGGGCAAGAAGCGGCGGAACCGAACCACCUUCACCAGCUACCAGCUGGAGGAGCUGGAGAAGGUCUUUCAGAAGACCCACUACCCCGACGUGUACGCGCGGGAGCAGCUGGCCAUGAGGACGGACCUCACCGAGGCCCGCGUGCAGGUCUGGUUCCAGAACCGGAGGGCCAAGUGGAGAAAGAGGGAGCGUUUUGGGCAGAUGCAGCAGGUCCGAACCCACUUCUCCACUGCCUAUGAGCUGCCCCUCCUCACCCGAGCUGAGAACUAUGCCCAGAUUCAGAACCCAUCCUGGAUUGGCAACAAUGGGGCUGCCUCGCCCGUUCCUGCCUGCGUGGUCCCCUGUGACCCAGUGCCAGCCUGCAUGUCCCCUCAUGCCCACCCCCCUGGCUCUGGGGCCAGCAGCGUCACCGACUUCCUGAGUGUCUCUGGGGCUGGCAGUCACGUCGGCCAGACGCACAUGGGUGGCCUGUUUGGAGCAGCGGGCCUCAGCCCGGGCCUCAACGGUUACGAGCUCAAUGGAGAGCCAGACCGCAAGACCUCGAGCAUUGCCGCCCUCCGCAUGAAGGCCAAGGAGCACAGUGCGGCCAUCUCAUGGGCCACAUGACAGGGCCCCUCCGGUCCCAUCCCCGCGCCCUCCCCGACCUUGGGGCACUGGCCACGCCCCAUGCUUUCCAGGUCCCCAGCCUCCCACUCAACUGUCCUCUUAGGAACCUGACCUGGGCCAGGGCCUGACCCUCAGCACUUUCAGCCGCCCCAAGUCUGAGGCCCCGUGGACUGCUGGGAGGGAGGGGGCAGCAGGCCCCUGCCUCCCCCUGGCA